CAAACUAUUUUUGUACUCCAAAUGUUUCACUGACAAGCAGAAAUUAUAAGUCAUUCUUGGAAUAAUUAAAGAAUUGUACUUUUUUUUUUGGUCCACAAAAAAAUGGAUUGUUUGCUUUGUGAUGAAGUUUGGCUAGAAGAAGAAUUCAAUAAUGAUGUUGGAAAUUCUUGUUUUUUUAACUCAAAAGAAGAUUGUGAAGAAGCUUUUGAGAUUUUAUUAGACAAAGAGAUGACUUACAUGCCUAAAAUAGGCUAUGUCAAUUUCAUAAAAGAGAAUUGUUUUAUUGAGAAUGCAAGGUUCAAAGCUAUUCAUUGGCUUAUUAAGUCUCAAAGGCGGUUGAAUCUCUCAUUUGGAACUGUAUUUGGUGCUGCAAGUUACCUUGAUCGGUUUAUCUCUUUAAACAAGUGCCAUGGAUGGAGAUAUUGGAUGUUUGAGUUACUCUCAAUUGCAUGUUUGUCUGUGGCCUCCAAAUUCCAUGAAACAAGUCCCCCUCAAUUGCUUGAAUUACAGAUGGAAAGAGUUGAACAUUUGUUUGAAUCAACAGUGAUCCAACGUAUGGAAAUGACAUUAUUGGAGACUUUAAGAUGGAGAUUAAAUUCUACAACACCAUAUUCAUACAUUGAAUUAUUUCAAUAUUCACUUAAAUUAUCCCUCCUUCAAGAUAUCACUUCACCUGUCAAAGAUCUACUUCUUCGAAUUCUUUUAGAUGCUAAAUUCUUGGAGUUCAGGCCUUGUGUCAUUGCACAAUCUGUUGUUACCUGCAUUUCUGAAGAUUUGUCUCUACUAUUAAUAGAUGACUCUUGUUUCAAUAAUUUUACUAGACUCAUCCCUCAAGAUCAAAAGGAUGAUCUAAGCAAGUGUCAAAGAAUGAUGAUGAAUAAACAAUUUUUGAUUAAGGAAUUUCAAGAAUUGGUAAGAUGUGGAGGCUUUUAUUAUGGCCCUUCAAGUCCAGUAACUGUAUUGACAAUGGAACAACAUGACUUGUGUGAUUGCUGCCUCUUCAAUAUUUCUCAAGGGGACAUCAACUCUAAUGUUAAAAAACGUAAAAGGGAUCGUUGACGGAUGCGUCGGACGACCUCAAGUGAUUGAAAUUAUCCUAACUCUUUAUUUUUGAGGGUGAAUCUAUCAAAUUUGAUCAGCUCUAAUUUUAUGUUGUUGUAACUGAUAGCUCUUUUAAACAGUACGUACUUAGCUAGAAGUUUAGAUGAGGAUCAAGAUUAAUUAUUAUUAUUAUCAUUGUUCUACUGCUAAAUAGCGAAGCUUUUAGCAACACUAAUUUACGACUAUUAUUU